AUGGAAGAAAGUGAUUCUUCAACCAUGUCAAAAGCUAGUAAACUCAAAAGGGAUUCCGAUGAUGUUGGAUGGGAAACCGCGAUUUUGGUAGAUCCAACCAAUUUCAAUAAUGUGAAAUGCAUAUUAUGUGACAAGGUUACUAAGGGAGGAAUUUCUAGGCAUAAAUUUCACAUAGCGGGAAUAAAGGGAAGAGAGAAGAUAUUGAAUGAUGCUAAGUUGAGGGAAGAUGUGAAUACGUCUUUGCCUACAAUAGAUGAGGAAGAAGAUGAAAUUGCUAUUAUUGAAAGAGGGACUAGGAAAAGGCUUAGGAAUGUGGGACCUAUGGAUCAAUUUGCAAGGUCCAUCAAUGUCAAUGAUGCUUCUGUGACUCUUGGUCAAUAUGGACCGGCUUACAUUCCUCCUUCUCAAUACCAAUUAAGGGAGCCACUAUUGAAGGCAGAGGUGGAGAGGACAAAAGAAACUUUAAAGAAGCAAGAAGAAGAGUGGAAAAAUAAUGGGUGUUCAAUCAUGACCGAUGCUUGGAGUGAUAGAAAAAGAAGAAGCAUCAUGAAUUUGUAUGUGAAUUGUAAAUUGGGGACCACAUUUAUUUCUUCAAAGGAAGCUUCAAAUGAUGCUCAUACAGGUCAAUAUAUAUUUGAAUAUGUCAAUGAUUGUAUUAAAGAGGUUGGGGUUGAAAAUGUGGUUCAAGUUAUAACCGAUAAUGCUUCCAAUAAUAUGGCAGCCGCAAAGUUAUUAGAAUUACAAAGGCCUAACAUAUUUUGGACAUCAUGUGCCACUCACACUUUAAACCUUAUGCUUGAAGGAAUCUCUAAACUUCCCAACUUCAAGGGAGUGAUUAACAAGGCAAAAUCAUUCACUAUUUUCAUGAUAGACUUGUGUUUGAAGGUAUUCACUCCUCUAGUGAAAGUUCUUAGACUUGUUGAUGGAGAAGAAAAACCUUCAAUGGGCUUUGUUUAUGGGGAGUUACUAAAGGCAAAGGAUGACAUUGCAAACAUAUUGAAGAGGGAAUGUGAUUAUAGGCCAAUCUUGGACAUUAUUGAUGUUAAAAGUAAGGGUCGCCUUGAUAGUCCGCUUCACACAACGGCAUAUUUUUUGAAUCCAUUCUAUUUCUUCAAGAAUCCAUGUAUCAAAGAUGAUUCAUUCAUGAUAAAUAAUUUGAUUGCUUGUGUUGAGAAAUUCUUUCCUGAUGAUCAAAUGCAACAUCAUGUGAUAAAUAUUGAGUUGCAAAAAUAUGUCCAAAAGGAAGGUUCAUUUGAAAGGAGGCUUGCAAUAAGUGCAUGUGAGAACAAUGAUGAAAAUUACAAACCGGUGAGUUGGUGGGAUUUUUAUGGGAAUGAAACACCCAAUUUGAAGAUCAUGGCAAAAAGGAUACUUGGUUUGACUACUAGUUCAUCCGGUUGUGAAAGAAAUUGGAGUUCUUUUGAAGGGAUAAGUAUUAAUUAA